AUGCUCUUUAUACAGCACCUCUCUGGCCUCAUCAAGGGCUUACGAGCCAAUAAGGACGAUGAGGAUAAAUUUAUACAAUCAACUUUACAAGAAAUCAAGAAUGAGAUCAAAAGCGCUGAUAUCGAAACUAAAUCUGUAGCUGUACUCAAAUUGAGUUAUCUUGAAAUGCUCGGUUAUGACAUUUCCUGGUCCGCGUUCCCCAUCAUCGAGACAGCCAGUUCCUCAAAAUUACAUCUUAAAUCUAUUGGCUAUCUCGCCGCGUCUUUAUCUUUCUCUUCUCAAACUGACGUAAUGAUUCUAAUGCCGAAUCUUCUCAAGAAGGAUCUCGCCAGUGAGCCAUCCGCCGCACUCAGCUGCUUCUCUUCCGUGGCGACGCCGGAGCUAUCAGUUGACUUAUCCGCCGAUCUCUCCAGGCUGUCGACCCACACACGCCCCGCUAUUCGUCAGAAGGCUGUAGCUGCGAUCCUCGUAGCCAUCAAGCAGUCCAACAACCUCGACCUCGCUGACUUCAAGAAGCGCCUGAGGGAAAGGCUGCACGACGACGACGCGGGUGUUCUCAGUGCGACUGUCUCCGCCAUCACCGAACUGGCCUCUUUAUACCCUACCCAAUCUCUUGGUUUUGCUCCGCCGCUCUACGACCUCCUCACAUCAUCCAACAACAAUUGGAUGAUUAUCAAGAUACUCAAGCUAUUUGCUGCGCUACUACCACACGAACAGCGUCUCCAGAAGAAGCUCUACGCCCCUCUCUCCGACCUCAUCGAGAGCACAACAGCUGUUAGUGUGCUCUACGAAUGCGUUCUCACCUGCAUAGUCGGUGGUAUGCUGCACAAGAACCAGAUGGCGGAGAACUGUCUCGAGAAGCUAACAAAGUUCCUCACCGACGACGACCACAACUGUGAGUUAUCCAUUCUGCGACACCCACACAACAUAUCUGACGAGGGAAAAGUGAAAUACGUAGCACUGCUAGCUAUAGCGCAGAUGAUACCGACACACGCUCACCUCCUACAUGUACACCAAGACGACCUGCUCAGCACCCUCGACGACCCCGACCUCACCAUACGCCUGCAGGGUCUAAAAGUCGUUAGCGCCAUCGUCACAACUGAAAAUGUCGAGCCAGUUAUGAAUAAACUCUUCGAACAACUCGUCCCAACCCGUCCAGAUGCCGCUGCGUCGCUGAAAGACCCCCGCAUCAAUGGCAGUGGUUCUGGCAACACCAACACGCCUUCUUACACUCGCAAACUCGCUCACACUGUCCUCGAUAUUUGCAAACGCGACCAAUAUACUAACAUCCCCUCCUUUGCGUGGUUGAUUGAUGUCGUUGUGCAACUCGCCAAGGUUGUUCCAGGUGUGGAGAUGGACGGUGAUACUGGUCGUGAUGCUACCAGCAAAGAUGAUCUGGCCACAUGCCUCCAGUCCACCUUUUUAGAAAUACCUGUGACGUAUCCACAGACACGCGAGUACAGUGUGAAUAUAUCGCUAUCCCUGCUGGGAGAGUAUGUGGAGAGCAGCAAUGGCGGUAGCAGUGGUAGUAGCAGUAGCAGUAGCAGUAUCGGUGAUGGUACAGACGUUGGCAGUAGCAGUAGCAGCGGUGUCAUGAGUAGUAUAAAGCAUGCGAUGCUACCAGCCGCUGUAUACAUCCUCGGUGAAUAUGCAAUGUUCCUCGACACACCACACGCAGCCGUGUCUAAUCUCGCCCAUCUCGCCCACCUCCACCCCUUCCUCACACCCCGCCUCUCGCCUUGCACCGUCGCAAUUGCCCUCACCAGUCUCGGCAAAGUUUACGGGAUACAUGCGAUGCUGCUCGCUAAUGCGUGGGAGGAGGAUGCAGGCAAUGUGAAGAGUGCGCAGAUGGCCAGACUCGCUCGCGCCGCUAUUGACGCUGCUACGCCUUGUCAAGCUUCGAACGAUGUGGACGUCGUCGAACGAGCUCGUCUUCUUGUUAACCUCCUCUCUGUUGUGUGGGGGGAGUUACGCAAGAGCGGGAGUGGUGAAAAAGCGACGGAUGGGAAGGAGAGUGAGGAGAGUGCGAUGAAUGAGGCGAAUGAGUCAAAAGAGAACGUCAAUGUGAAUGUCAAAUUGGACAACGAGGAAAAUACAAACGUAGAUCACGGCGACACCGUCGCUACCGCUUCGGAAGCUCCUCGCUCACUCUAUCUUCUCAGCAGCAUAUACUUCGAUAAGCCAGGCGCUGUGCCGUUGGACAAGGCUGAUAUGGCCAGCAACGUUGAUCUAGAUGCGCCGCUGAUCGCAGAUCUCUGCGAUGAGGUUUACACGGACGACGAACACGAGAAGGAGGAGAAUCACAAGACGACAAUCCAAGUGACUGUGGAUACAGCAGAAGAAAACAGACGGAGGAGACAGCGCAAGGCGGCGCUCAGAGCUGAACGCGCUGAAAAUCCCUACUACAUCAAGAGUAAGGAUGAAAGAGGGAGUCAGAGUGAAGAAGAGCAGGAGAAAAAUCACUACGAUGUGGAUAGCAUACCGAUAGUCAACUUCCAGCAUGAUGAGCAUGAUGAGCAUGAUAACACAAAGCACUCUGCACUAUUUUAUCCCAAAAAUGAAAAUAAAAGCAGCACCAGCAGUCGCGCACACUCACUCAAAUCUCCCCCUCUCCCCACCUCCUCCAGUCAGUCUAGUCUGAGCACACCUCACACACCUCGCACAACGCGCUCCCCAGAACCACACGCGCUGUCGUCGGGAACGGUAAACAAAGUGGUGAAAAAGAAAGCAAAAAGGAACGAAAAAAUACAUUAA